CCCCCCCAAAAAGUUGUGAUGCUUUUCUUCACCCAGUGCUUUGGGGCUGUGUUAGAUCUCAUUCACCUCCGCUUUCAGCACAACAAGGCUAAACGAGUGUUCUCCGCUGCCGGGCAACUUGUCUGCGUUGUAAACCCCACGCACAACCUAAAGUAUGUGUCCAGCCGACAUGCCGUCACUCAGAGCGCCCCAGAGCCCAGCAGCUACCCGCCUCCGCAUGCCCCCCCCCACCACUGCCACCACCACUGCCCCCGCCAGCCCCGACACCGCCUCUGCCACCACGCCCGGCCCCACCACCUGCACCACCAGGAGGCGGGGCCGCCCGCCGCGCAGGUGAUGCCCUGCCUGUGCCCCUUGUUCUCCUGCCAGUGGGAGGGCCACCUGGAGGUGGUGGUGCCCCACCUCCGGCAGAUGCACAGGGUGGACAUCCUCCACGGGGCCGACAUUGUCUUCCUGGCCACGGACAUGCACCUCCCGGCGCCGGCCGACUGGCUCAUCAUCCACUCCUGCUUCGGCCACCACUUCCUGCUGGUGCUCAGGAAACAGGAGAGGCACGUAGGGCACCCCCAGUUCUUCGCCACCAUGAUGCUGAUCGGGACCCCCACCCAGGCCGACAGCUUCACCUAUCGCCUGGAGCUCAACAGAAACCACCGAUGUCUCAGGUGGGAGGCCACGCCCCGGUCUAUCCUGGAGUGCGUGGACUCGGUCAUCACCAACGGGGACUGCCUCAUCAUCGGCACCUCGCUGGCCCAGCACUUCUCCGACAACGGCAGCCUGGCCAUCGGGAUCGCCAUCUCCGCGGCCACGGAGAUCUGCUCCUCAGAGGCUGAGAUGUGA